AUGGACGAGGCGCUAGAGCUCUGUUUCGCUGAGGACCACGACAUCUUACCAGACAUCUACGUGGAUUUGUUUAGUAACUUUUUGGACUCCGACCUGUUCGAACAAUGGCAAGAGAUAGGAUGGCAUUUCCACUGUACUGGUGGACCAGGAUGUGGAAAGGUACAGAUAAUCACCAAGCUGGUACAAGACUACAUAUUAACCUUCAUGGAGACAACCUUGGCGGCAAUCGUCAGUAGCAAGCUGAGAACGAAGUCACAAAACGUCGUAGCAUCCAUCUUUAUCACCAAGCGAGUCGCGGGUUACCCAGUAUCUCUCCUGCGUAUAUACUUUCUGGACAUGCUUCACUCCCAGCUCCUCGAAUUGUCCACUAGUGCUGUAGACAAAGGAACGGACCGCAAGGAGCGUAUCCAGCAAUAUCGGCACAGUAUAUAUGAGUUCCUUGAUACGAGGAAACACGUUUUCUUGGUGAUAGACAGCAUUGACUACUGCGAUACGAUCUCUUCUGUGGUGCUUGAGGAGGAACUGACUAUGCUUCAUGAUCAUGGGCUCCGAAUCUUCACCACUUCACGAAUCCCGAGCUUGUUCAAAAAGGAAGAGAUGGAAGAUGAAAAGUGCAGAGUUCCAGAAUGCAUAGACGGCCUGAACCGAUUCUGGUGGCGGAGUAGGGCGUCUAACGGGUCAGAAGUCUACAGUGUCUGCGCGUCCUGUAAGAGCACCGACAAGUCGUAUGACGACCUAGAAGUAUUCCCUUCACAAGUGGAAUACCGCAUGGAUGAAUGCGUUACCGAUGCCAAGCUUCGGGAGUAUGUAGCUUGGGAUCUGAAUAGAGAGCACGGAUACCUUGGCCUAGGCUUACCGAACGAACAUCUACCACAGUACCAGGGGUCAAGACUCGGACAGCAGAUGCAGCAGACUGAAGAGUAUACAACUCAACUGGUCGAUCACGUAGUAGAGUCUGGCGCUUUCAAUGUUGCAAUUGUGAAGAUGAGGCUCGACAACUUACUCCAUGCAACUUCAUUAGAACAAGCAAUGUCAUUGCCGGAUAGGUUACCAAGAAACCUUCAGACGUUCUGCGAUGCAAUCUUGAAGCCGAUCACGACGAUGUCGGAUGAAGAAACAAAGAACAAGAUCUGCGGCCUGUUGGUGCUGGAAGACAUCGUCGACGAGGAUGAUGAUAUCGAUCCUGGCGAGGAGUUACUUGCGUUGAUUCGUAAAGCUAAUGGCCUUCUUGCUGUGUUUCCGGAUGGAACACAAUGUUGCAAUCCCGUCCUUACAAGAUACAUUAACGACGACUAUGAUGAGGAUUUGUAUACGAUAAAGUGCAACGUGAGAAAUCAGGGAGCGGGUGUCACGGUCUAA